AUGGAGGUGCCCGCCCUAGGGCUUCUGAGUCCCUUCACCCAGCAGCUGGAAAGGCGCAGGCACAGGGACGAGGUUGAGGAUGGGGAACAAAAACGUGGUCCCGCUUCGGGCUCCGGGGCCCGCUGCGCAGUCGCAGCGAAGCGCCCACGGGCUCCGCGGUCCCGGCUGGAGCCCAGAGACCCGCGCGCCUCUCCCGGCGCGGGGGAGCAGGAGCGGUGGCCGCGGUUAGUCGCUGCGCCCGCCUCCGCACGCGCGCCCUCCGGGGGUUCCCCAAAGCCCCGCCCCGCCUGGGGGCCUGGCGGGUGCCCGUGCACCCCGCACCCCCCGAACCCCGCUCCUAGCCGCCGUCUCGGGCGCAGCUCCGUCGAAUCCCCGGUCUCCCUCGCGCCCUUCUUCCUCCCAGCACACGAGGCGAUCGGGGAGCAGAGCCUCGUGGCUGCCGGCCCGGGACUUACGUUUAGCCUUGGUCCCCGCUCCCCGCCGCCAGAGGGCCGUGCGACCCGGGCUUUGCGCGCUGCUUGCCGGCGGCUGCAGGGCAGCGUGCGGCGGGUCAGUCAAACGGACGGCGGUGGCGGACCCCGGCCGGCUCCCGCCUUCGGGCCGCCGUCACCAAGCUCCACGGGGCUGCGGAGUUACUCAUUUCCUGGAUGUCACAAAAACUUUUCCUCCUCAAGAGAACAAAACACCCGCCUCUACUCCAGGCUUCGGAGGCUCCUUAAGGAGGACCGAGCGGGUUAG